AGUGGCGGUGCGAGGGCGGCUGCACAGUGAGCAGAGCAGCGGUCCGGACGGCAGCGUGUUCCCCGAGCUCUUCGCCUCUCCCCGCCCGCCAGCCGAGGCAACUAGAACCCAGCGGCCCCAGCAGCAGCGCCGAGAGCAGCCCCAGUGGCAGCGCCAUGGCUGGGUGGAACGCCUACAUCGACAACCUCAUGGUGGACGGGACCUGUCAGGACGCGGCCAUCGUGGGCUACAAGGACUCGCCCUACGUCUGGGCCGCCGUCCCUGUGAAAACCUUUGUCAACAUCACGCCAGCUGAGGUUGGUAUCCUGGUUGGCAAAGACCGGUCAAGUUUUUACGUGAAUGGGCUGACACUUGGGGGCCAGAAGUGUUCGAUUAUCUGGGACUCACUGCUGCAGGAUGGGGAAUUUAGCAUGGAUCUUCAUACCAAGAGCACCGGUGGAGCCCCCACCUUCAAUGUUACUGUCACUGUCACCAAGACUGACAAGACGCUAGUCCUGCUGAUGGGCAAAGAAGGUGUCCACGGUGGUUUGAUCAACAAGAAAUGUUAUGAAAUGGCCUCCUACCUUCGGCGUGCCCAGUACUGACCUCGUCUAUCCCUUCCCCUUCACUGCUCCCCACAGUUUUGCACCCUUUUCCUCCCCAUACACACAACACCGUUUUGUUUUUGGGGCCAUUACCCCACACUCCUUAUUGCUGCCAAAACCACAUGCGCUGGGGGCCAGGGCUGGAUGGACAGACACCUCCCCCUACCCAUACCCCUCCUGUGUGUGGUUGGAAAACUUUUUUGUUUUUUGGGUUGGUUUUUUUUUUUUUUUUUUUUCUGAAUAAAAAAGAUUAUAC